ACUCGGCACUCGUCAACUCGGCAGAGUCGCAUACACACCGUCCGGACUUGCUGACACCGUCGUCACUUCGUCAGUCGUCGUUCAUUCACUCGUCGUCGUCUUGUGACGAUCUCGUUCGGCCCUCUCGCGACUCGUCUCGUCUUCGAGUGGUCCGGUCCGCUAGCGUAGUGGGCGUGCGUGUGCGGAUUUUUUUUCCGCUGAUUAACUUCUCGCCCGAUUUACCGGCCCGCGUUGUAGUACUUAAUUUCUACAAUAAUCGUAGACGUGUGUGUGUGUGAGAUCGCGUCGUCGGUUGAGUUACUCGUUUGUGCGCGCGCGUGUGUGUGUGUGUCAGUGUGAGUGUGUGCGCGCGGUGCGUUUUUUCCACUAGGCCCGACCGACCGCGGCGACGCGCGCGAUGUGUUGUACGUGCGGAUUAGUCUGUUCCAAUUACGGUUGGUGAACCGUCGGGAGCGUCGUCCUCCGAGCUGCGGUGGUGUCUCCGCGUUUCGUCUUCAUCGGAGAUGGAAUUUCAUUGGUGUUGCCGCGGUAGAACAGAUUCUAUCAAUCACACAGAACCAACCAACGUCGAUAGGAAAACAUGAUUUGAACCACUCUAAUGUUUUGUGUUUCAUGAAUUUUUUCGGUUUUUGUUAUUUUUAAAUUAGUUUUAAAAUAAGUAUAUAUAAUGUCUCCUGUGGAAAAAGACCAAACACUCACCCCAAGCUCGCUGGGAAGUUCUCUGAACAAAAUACCCCAUUCACAGUCCACUCCUGGUGUAGCUGGUUCUAAAACACCACCAACGACGCCCAGAAGGGGAGGGAAAAUGCUCAAUGUCCGUGUUCAAAUGUUGGAUGAUUCAGUUACACUCUUUCAAGUGCAGACAAAAGCUGAUGGAUCAGUGUUAUUUGAACAAGUAUGUAAGCAACUAAAUUUGUUGGAAGCCGAUUAUUUUGGACUUGAAUAUCAAGAAGGUUCUACAAAACAUUGGUUAGACUUAGAAAAACCAUUAAACAAACAAAUAGGACUGUCACUUGUGGACCCAUUAAUGAGGUUUUGUGUUAAGUUUUACACACCUGAUCCUGCUCAAUUGGAAGAGGAAUACACCAGGUAUCUGUUUUGUUUACAAAUUAAACGAGAUUUAUCACAUGGGCACAUGCAAUGUAAUGAUAAUACUGCUGCUUUAAUGGCCUCUUAUAUUGUACAAGCUGAAUGUGGGGAUUAUUCUGCGGAUGAUUAUCCAGAUCACACUUAUUUAUCGUCACAUAAAUUUGUUCCACACCAAGACAGAGAAAUGGAAAUAAGAAUAAUGGAAAGUCAUAAAAGACAUAUAGGACAAUCACCAGCAGAAGCAGAUUUAAAUUUAUUAGAAACUGCACGUCGAUGUGAAUUAUAUGGGAUCAAAAUGCAUUCAGCGAAGGAUCCUGAAGGUGUUCCUUUAAAUCUUUCGGUUGCACAUUUGGGUGUUUUGGUUUUUCAAAAUUUUACAAAAAUCAAUACAUUUUCUUGGGCCAAGAUCAGAAAAUUAAGCUUUAAACGCAAAAAAUUCCUUAUCAAACUACACCCUGAGGGAUAUGGUUAUUUUAAAGAUAUAGUGGAAUUUAUAUUUGAAACUCGUAACGAUUGUAAAAGUUUUUGGAAAAAAUGCGUAGAAAAUCAUGGCUUUUUUAGAUGUUUUACUGUAAAACGUUUACCACGUCAACGGACUAAAGUUUUAAGUCGAGGAUCAUCAUUCAGAUAUAGUGGUAAAACUCAAAAACAAAUGGUGGAAUUUGUUAGGGAAAACUUUGUUAAACGUCAAACAUUCCAAAGGUCUCAAUCAUUUCGGCAUACCGGAUUGUCACAUUCUACUAUAUCCAAUGUUGGUUCCAGUUUUUCAGCACAUCCUUUAUUGCCCCUCGCAAAUUCGGAAGCCACGAGCCUAGCGGGUUCUCUGAGUCCGAACGCAGUCCAUCGCCAGGUGGCGCCUGGAGAGGUGUCGACUGCUCAAGUUGUACAUCCGACGACAGUGAUGACGACAACUUCGGACAUAACUUCCAUCACUUCGUCCCAGCACUCGUACAGCGUCAACGAUCCAGGUGACACUCCUGAAGAAGUAGAUUCACCACUUAAGAAAAUCAAUGGAUCGACAUCAUGUUUAUCUUCUAUGUCCAUUAAAGAAAAUGGUGUAACAACAAUGACAUCCUCCACCCCGAAAAACCAUGUUACAAAUGGAUCGUUAGGAAAUAUAAGCAAUGAUCAUUAUAACAAUGUUAGCACAAUAAUUGCUGCCAAGGAUAAAACAUCAUUGAAAAAUCUUGAAAUUACUGAUACAAAACGCAAAAGGCCCACUGACAGAGCAUAUUUUAUUACUAAAGAAUUAUUGAUGACAGAGCGGACUUAUAGAAAAGACUUAGAAGUCAUUAAUUUUUGGUUGCGUGAUGAAAUGAGCAAAGAAGAUGAUGAAAUGGGUCAGAUCGAAUCUGUAAACAUGCUUUUAAAUCUAAUUGAUCCAAUUUAUGAUGCUCAUUCUUUAUUUUUGAAAGAUGUGGAAAUGAGAUUAAAUAGUUGGGACCCUCCAUGUAUAGCCGAUGUUCUGUUACACCAUUUUAAUAAUUUGGAGUUGUAUGAUAAUUAUUUAGAUGAACACUUAAGUGUCUUAGAAAAAAUUGAUCAUACAUAUCGUACUAACAAGAAAUUUGAAGCAUUUUAUAAAGAUUUUGAAGUAGAAAAGGUGUGCUAUUUGCCAUUGUCUUCAUUCGUUUUGAAACCACUUCAAAGAUUACUCCAUUAUUCUCAUUUACUAGAAAAAUUAAUAAGACACUAUAGUUCUUCUCAUAUUGAUUACAACAACUGUUUGGAAGCGAGAGCAAAACUAUUGAAAGUGACAAAAAGAUUACCAAGUGCACUUCGGAGAUCGGAAAACUUUGUACAGCUUUGUGAGUUGGAGAGAGAUAUGGUUGGCAUUGACACACUUCAUGUUACUGGUCGAGAGUUUGUAAGGCAAGGGUGUCUAACCAAAUUUUCUCAGAGAAAAGGUUACCAACAGCGCAUGUUUUUUCUGAUGUCUGAUAUGUUGUUAUACACGGCAAGGGUUGGCCACAUGUUUCGCGUCCAUGGCCAGAUACCCCUCAACGACCUCUUUGUUGAAGAACGAACCGACAACCCAACACAAUAUUCUUUUUCAAUCUAUUCAAAUAACAGAGUAAUCACAAUUGCGGCGAACAGUCAGGAGGAAAAAGAUAAAUGGUUGGAAGAUAUCGCAGAAAGCGUUCAAGCCUACAAAGGAGAACGGGCAAAUAUUGAGCGACCAAAUAUUUAUUUGAGCUUGAAAUCAUGCAGUUCUUCGGACGAUAUGAUGAGUAACAACGGUGACUGCAACGGCACUUUGUCCGAUAUCAACGGUGGCAAAGCACCGGGUGCAGCGCAAAGGAACAACACGACCGUUCACGUUUGCUGGCAUCGGAACACGAGCAUCGGCAUGGCUGAUCAUCUUCGGGCCUCCGAGAAUCAGUUAAGCGGUUUCCUGUUGCGCAAGUUCAAAAAUAGCAACGGCUGGCAAAAGCUGUGGGUCGUGUUUACCAAUUUCUGCCUGUUCUUCUACAAGUCGUUCCAAGACGACUUGCCGUUGGCCAGUCUGCCUCUGCUCGGUUACAGUGUUUCAAAACCCAACGAAGACGAUUCCAUAGAAAAAGACUUCGUUUUCAAGUUGCAAUUUAAGAAUCACGUCUACUUUUUCAGAGCCGAAAGCGAAUACACGUUUGGCAGGUGGAUGAGCGUGAUCAGUAGCGCCACUCAACAUUCUGGUCGCAUGAGACUGUUCAGCCGCAAAGAUAGUGAAAAUAAUUACUCGGACAUUAUGUAGUCAAAUGAAUAUAAUCUUACAAUCAAAACGUGUUUAUUAUUACUAUUUUCAUUUAGGGAAAUAUCUAACACGACACAUAAUGUUAAGGAAUUUUAGGUUAUUCAUAUAUAGUUGUCAUAAAACUAAAUCAGGAUUUUACUCAACUUUUCAACUUACAUCGCAUAACUAAUCCAUCCUCUCCAUUCCCCCCAUUACUAUAAUUAUUACUAUUAUUUUUACUAUACUUUUAUUUUAUUUUCAACUCGUCCAAUCGCGCAAUCAUAUAUU